AUGGGUGCCAAUGAAUCUGGAGAAGAAAUCAGUAUUCAAGAGGCCUAUAACUGGUACAACAAAUUUAUGACAGAUUGCCCAUCGGGACAAUUGACCCUGUAUGAAUGCAAGGCAUUUCUGGGUCUGCAUGGUAUGAAUCCAGAUGCAGAUCACUAUGUUGAUCAAGUGUUCAAUACUUUUGACUUGAAUAAGGAUGGCUUUAUUGACUUCUUGGAGUUUAUAGCUGCAAUAAAUCUCAUUAUUCGAGGGAAAAUUGACCAAAAAUUGAAAUGGUAUUUUAAGCUAUAUGAUGCUGAUGGAAAUGGAGCUAUUGAAAAAAGAGAACUUGUAAAAAUAUUCAGGUCUGUUCAGGCUAUCACAGGCAACCAAGAUACUACUCCUGAAGAGUUCACAGAAAUGGUAUUUGAGAAGGUUGACAUCAACCAUGAUGAGGAAAUCUCUUUAAAAGAAUUCAUCAAUGGAGUGGAGAGGGAUGAGAAUCUCUUCAGAACGAUUUCAAAGUUCUUCGACCUUUCCAAUGUACUGAAAAUUAUACAAGGUGGCAGAAAAAAAAGUAAAGCCAUAAACAGAGUCAAAUUGACCAAGUCGAUCAGAAAAGAUAUUCAGGAAAAAGCUCUUUCAAAUCAGUAUGUGGCCGAAGUUAAAAUCACAACAUUACAUAAAAUGCAAGAUAAAAUAAACCAUCAGCAGUACAGUGUUAAAGCCAGCCAUACAGGUGUGCUGCUCAUGCCAGCAUGA